AGAGAGAAUCCCUCAGUUCGCUUCUUUGCCAAGCAACCCACCAAAGCCUCUCAGCUUCAUUCUUCUUCCUUCUCCUCAAGCAAACUCAUAUUAAUUCACCAAAAUGUCAGAUUCGACUCACCGGAGGAGAGUUCCGGUCCCUGUCGGAAACGGAGGUCAUAGCCUCAGGACGAAAGGCAUGGCGUCCCGAUACGUUUUUGAUAAGCAUCGCUCGAAAUAUACUAGUCAGGUUUUCGAGCGAAGCCUUUCAGAUUCCAAUCUCAAUCGUCGCCGUGACGGAGACGGUAGCUGCAUGCGGCGACCAUCCUUGGCGAUGAGCUGUUUACCGACGGAAGAAUCAGACCCGAUCGCCUACUUGCCAAGGAUUCGCUCUGAGGUUUUCGCUUCUUCUGCGUCGUUGUUAGGCUUGUCUUCGCCGUCGUCUCCAUUUCCGACCAAUCAAGAGGGUAAUAAAGGAGAAGCAAGAAAAGUAGUAAUCAACGUAGCAGUUGAAGGAAGUCCUGGACCUGUACGAACAAUGGUUAAAUUGAGUUGCAGCGUCGAAGAAACUAUUAAACUCGUCCUGGACAAGUAUUGCAAAGAAGGACGAACACCAAAACUCGAUCAAGGCGCUGCUUUUGAAUUGCAUCAUUCUCAUUUCAGCAUCCAGUGUUUGGAUAAAAGAGAAAUAAUCGGAGAAAUAGGAAGUAGAAGCUUCUACCUUAGAAAGAGAGCUCAUGAAACCGGAGUUUGUUUCGCCGGGAUCUCACCGGUGAGAACGAGUCUUAUUCCGUCGUCUAACUUGAUUGAAUCGUGUAUAGCUCAGUUUAUUGGGAAAAUCUUGAGGCGAACGAGAAAGUUAUGGAACAUAUUGGUAUGUACGCAAUGAGCUUCUCCGAUGAUGGAUUCUAGGCUGAGAUUCCUCCUUCACAAAAGCUUAGCACUUGAACAGACCAAGCAAGUCCAUGCUCAGCUACUCUUGAACCGCCGCAACCAUCUCGAGCCCAUCUUAAUCCACCAAACGCUCCACUUCACAAAACACUUCUCUCGAGACGCCGUGAGCUACCUCAAACGAAUCCUCCUCAAGGGGAUUCAGAGCUCAAAGGUCUCCACUUUCUCGUGGGGAUGUCUCGUCAGGUUCUUGAGCCAGCAUAGGAAGUUCAAAGAAGCUGUUAACUCGUACAUCGAGAUGAACAACUCCGGUGUUCCUCCGAGCUCACACGCCGUGACUUCAGCGCUGAGAGCUUGUGGUAAGAUAGAGAGGAUGAUUGAUGGUAACUCUGUUCAUGCUCAGGCUAUUAAGACCGGGCUUUGCGGAUGCCUGUAUGUUCAGACAGGUCUUGUCGGUUUGUACUCGAGGCUCGGGUUCGUCGACAUGGCGAAGAAGGCUUUCGAUGAGAUCGGUAACAAGAAGAAGAACACGGUUUCUUGGAACUCGCUUUUGCAGGGGUAUCUAGAGAGCGGGGAACUAGAGGAAGCUCGCAAGGUGUUCGACGAUAUUCCUGAGAAGGACGCGGUCUCGUGGAAUCUAAUCAUCUCCCUCUAUGCUAAAAGAGGAGACAUGUGCAGCGCACGUGCUUUGUUUCUCGCCAUGCCUUCGAAAAGCUCUGCUUCUUGGAACGUUUUGAUCGGUGGGUAUAUGAGCUGCGGCGAAACGGAGCUAGCGAGGACCUACUUCGACGCGAUGCCGCAGAAGAGCAGCGUCUCUUGGAUCACAAUGAUCUCAGGGUACGCGAAGUCCGGAGAUGUCGAGUCUGCUGAGGAGGUUUUCGGACAGAUGUCCAAGAAGGAGAAGCUCGUUUACGACGCGAUGAUAGCUUGUUAUGCUCAGAACGGGAAGGCGGAGGAGGCUCUGAAGCUGUUCUCUCGGAUGCUUGAGAGUAACUCAGGUGUUCAGCCUGAUGAGAUCACGCUCUCGAGCGUUGUCUCGGCUAGUUCUCAGUUGGGUGAUACGAGUUUUGGUACGUGGGUUGAGACGUACGUAACGGAACAUGGGAUCGAAACGGAUGAUCUUUUGAGUACUUCUCUGAUCGAUCUUUACAUGAAAGGUGGAGAGUUUGACAAGGCGUUUAAACUGUUCAACGGUCUAAACAAGAAGGAUACAGUUUCUUACUCGGCUAUGAUCACGGGGUGCGGGAUAAACGGUUUAGCCGCAGAAGCAAACCGUUUGUUUCGAGAGAUGGUCGACAAGAAGAUCACUCCGAAUCAAGUAACGUUCACGGGACUGUUAUCAGCGUGUAGCCAUUCAGGCCGUGUUCAAGACGGCUACAAAUGCUUCGACUCGAUGAAAGAACACAACGUGGAGCCUUCGGGUGAUCAUUACGGGGUGAUGGUGGAUAUGUUGGGACGAGCAGGGAGGCUAGAGGAAGCGUAUGAGGUGAUAAAGAGUAUGCCGAUGCAGCCGAACGCUGGAGUUUGGGGAGCCUUGCUUUUAGCUAGUGGGUUACAUAACAGCGUUGAGUUUGGGGAGAUAGCGUGUAGACACUGCGUUGAGCUGGAGAGUGAUCCUUCUGGUUAUCUUUCUCAUCUUGCUAAUAUAUAUACGUCUGUUGGUAGAUGGGACGAUGCGAGAAGUGUGAGAGCGAUGAUGGAAGAGAAGAAACUGCGUAAGACGCUUGGGUGUAGUUGGGUUGAUGGUUCAAAUCAAUUGAUCUCGGUUUAGUAUAACAACUUCAACUAACUAGUACAUCCAAGAAAGUUGUGAAAUCAAGUUAUAGAGUGAUGUUAAAGUCAUGCUCCUUGUGUUGUUGUGGUGUCCAUGUACCCAUCUGUAGAGGAGGAGGCAUUGGAGACGACGGGAAGUUGUGGUUGUGCUGCUUCCUCGGAUUCUGUUCUUGGUGAUUUGUUCCAGCUAUGAAGCUUCCUAGGACCACCUGGAUAGGAGUGGCUGCAACCAGCAAGCCAGCGACCCCACCUCCCACUACACGUCCAUCAGGACUAGCUAACGACACUGUCAUUCCACCUGUUCUGCUUCGUGUCCCGUCCGAGUCAGCUGGCAUGAAUGAUCCCGACAGUGAUAGUAUCUCAAACCGACCCUUGAAUUAAAUGAAAAAAACAGAGAAGCAACCGUCAAGAUCAAGUAACGUGACAUGAAAAAAAAGAGAAUUAUAGAUAUAUAAUCUAAUUAAGUCUAGACCGUUUUUGGUUUUUGUUCGGUUUUCGAUUUCACGUUUGUUGUCUUAAUAUGACAAAACCGAGUCGGUUUAUUACAUAAGUUUGUGUUCGUUGCCUCUCA